AUUACUUCCUAUAGGAGCACCAUUUGGGUUGUGUCUUUAUGGAAAGCCAGAGAUAUAACAAUCAUCAGGAAUUUACCCCUAUAAUUUGAACCUGGAUCUCUAUACUCGGUUCCUUUGUUUCUGAAUAAUUUAUUUGGUUCAUUUUAAGGCUAAUUUUGCACUGUGAUCAGAGAUGUGCGAAGUCCUUGGUUUUGUCUGAGCCGUUGGCAAGAUGGCAGACGAUUGUUAUGCAUAAUCGCAUCAUCUGUUGUGCAGCUGUAUUCAUCAUCCUUUUUACAGUUCUGAUUCUUCUCUCUGGUUUGUUCUUUUACCUUGGAAUGUUACUGAAAAGAAUUGAUUGAAAUUACAUAAGAACUAAACCUUAGGAAGUGAAAUAGCACAACCAAUUUCAAGAUGUUGGCCCAGAUAUUGAAGGAGAUGUAUGUAGACCCAGAUCUUCUGGCUGAACUACCAGAAGAACAAAAACAGAUUUUAUUUGUGAAGAUGAGAGAGGAGCAAGUGAGACGAUACAAUGAAUGGGAAAAGGAGCUUGAGGAACAAGUAAAUAAUGUAAUCAAACCCAAAAAAGCCCAUGCUAAGAGUGUCCAUUAUUUGAUGGCAAAAGAUGGCAAUCCAUGGGUGUGGGUCAUGGAAGAUGACAUAGAUUUGGAAAAAAUACGAAAAGAACAAGAGAUGAGAGAGGAUCAACUUGCAGAGCAGAAAGCUAUGGAACAAGCUCACAAAGAAGCAGAAGAACUACUGAGAAAAGAACAAGAAAGGUUGGAAGAAGAGGAACGAAGGCUUAAAGAAGAACAAGAACGACUCGAGAGAGAGGGAGCCGAAAAAGAAGCAAAAAUGAAGAAACUACAAGAGGAAGCAAGACAGUUAGCCAUUAAAGCUGCUGAGGAUAAAAAAAGAUUAGAGGAAGAAAAGAGACAAGCUGAAAGAAAGAAGCGAGAAGAGAGACGUAAAUUGGAGGAGGAACGAAAACGAGAACAAGAAGCCCGACGAAAAGCAGAAGAAGAAAAAGCGGCUAAAGCCAAAGCAGAGAUGGAAGAGAGGAUGCGAAAAUUAGAAGAGAGAAAAAGAGAAGCCGAGAGAAAAGCGGAGGAAAAGCGACGAGAACAUCUCAAAGAAUUAGAAAAGAAAAGACAGGAAGAAGAAAUGCGGAAAUUGGAAGCUCAAAGAAAAGAAGAACUCCGAAAAUAUGAAGAAAUGAAGAAAGCGGAAGAACUUGCUCGGCAGAAAGAAGAAGAAGAGAGGAGACUGCAGCAGGAAAAAGAAGACAGACUCAGGAGGGAGAAGGAAGAGGAAGAACGACUUCAACGGGAAAAGGAAGAAAAAAGGAGACGAGAGGAGGAAGCCAGGCUAAAGCAGAUAGAAGAAGAGCGGCGAAUCUUAGAAGAACAACGAAAAUUAGAAGAAGAAAGAAGAGAAAAAGAUAGACAACGAAGAGAGGAACUUAAAAGAUUACGGGAACAGCGGUUAGCGGAAAAACAGAAGCGGGAAGAAGAAUUGGUUCAACAGGAGAAACGAAGAGCACAGGAGAUCUACCUCAGUCUUAAAACAGUACGAGAAGAAGACAAAAAGAAGGAAGAAGAGGAACAAAAGAAGGUUGACGAAGCGUGGAAGGUUAGCGAAUUAAAAGCUAAAGAAGCAGAGAAAGAAAGAAGAAACUCCGUUAGUUUGGCUCGUCGGGAGGUGUUAAGAGAACGAAUUAUAGCGGCGAAGAGGAGAAAUACGUUGGGAAAAACAAUAACAAUAGAAGCUCCUCCUACGCCUUCUCCGACUCUUUCUACUCAUCGUGGUUCGAUAUCCAUGAAACCAAAUCGAGCACCACCGCCGGUACCUAACCAUCCACCGCCACCAAUCCCAAACAAGCCUGCCCUGGCUAAGACUCGAUCUACAUCUCCACCACCUCGUCCUCCUCCUCCUCGUCGAGUAUCAUUGAAUGCUGCAACACUUCCUAUCCAAUCCGGUGAUAGACCAGAACGACCCCAGAGAAACAGAAAGCCAAGAUCACGAGUCGAUGUUAUUGAAUGGUUCCGAGAAGAAGAGUUUCCAAAGAGAGCGUGUUAUGUGGGGGAUUCGGUUUUGCCUUACUUUCAUGGUAUUGUGUCUCGACAAGAAGCAGAAGAAAUUCUGCUGGACAAGCCGGUAGGUUCAUUCUUGGUUCGUGUUAGCGAACGUGUGUGGGGAUAUACAAUCUCUUAUCGUUCCCAGGAACGCUGCAAGCACUACCUGAUCGACACCAGCGAGAAUACCUACCAGUUCUUUGGACACAAUCAAAUUGCACAUCCCACAUUGAAUGAUCUUAUCGAGUUCCACAAGGUUCGUCCGAUCUCGGGCCAAGGCCAGGAAUUAUUGCAGCAUCCGUGCGGGCAGGCAAGGGAUCCACCAGAUUACGAAGAACUUUUAAAACCACCUGAUAAUAAAGAGAUGACUUAUCUUUGAUCAUCGAAAUGUAGUGAAGAUAUUUCCUCUAAGAUUCGAUUAAUUUUAUAAAAAAUUAUUUUGCUUCAAGACAUAAAUCACUUCCGGUAUUCACUUUACUUCCGGCGUAAUCCACGGUCACUUCCGGUACGUACCUCACUUCCGGAAUGUUUAUUUUUUUAGUAACCUUUCGGUAAGAACUAAAAGGAGCCAUUUUACUUUCAUAUUUCAGGAAGCAUAUUUAUAUAUGCAUAAUGCGCACAGUUCCUCGCUAGAUGAUCAGCAUAAGCUCCUGAGAAAUAUUUCUAUUUCCAAGCUUUUUUUUAUUUACGAUUGAGAUAAAAGAUAAAUAUUUUCUUUUGUUGCUCGAGAGAUAAAUCUAAAUAAUUAGUUUCAAGAUGACGCGAGCGCAAAAUGCGCGCCUCACUAAGGUGAAAAGACAAACGAUUUAUCGUUUAUUAGCCAUUUAAAGGUUGGGAAAAACUGGAUUGGGUUGGCAUCGUAGUGCAUUGCGGGGCUGUUUUGGAGCUGCCAUCUUGGAAAUAUAUCCCCUAAGACAGUCCCAAAAUGCACUGCACUGCUAACUUGACCCAGUGUUUUCCUUAUCCUCGGAAUGGCUAAUUAAAUCUGCACAAUGUUGUAUAUUGUUAUGAGAUGGUUAAGGAUUUUCUUGUUAGUUUUUUGCCCAGUUUCACAGCCUGAAUUCAUUCUGUUUCCCAUUUUUGAUCUCCAUCAUCAAGUGACGGAUUACAAGAAAAAGCAUUCUCAUUUAAACUGCAUUGAUUCGCUAAUUCAAUAUUUUCAAGGGAAUUGUUAAAUUAAGAAAUACUUCUUGAUUUGAGAGUUUUAUACUUCGGAUAUGUUAAUGACUGUGACGCCAUGCAAGGCUUCAUUAAUAACUAUGCGAACAUUUAACUGGUUUGCAGAAACUGUAUUUGAAAUUAUCAUUUUACUCAUGGCUUACCAUGAAGGUUAUUUUAAAUUUGUUUUCUCAUAAUGGCCAACAUUUAGUGUUACUAGUUACAACCAUAGUUAAUAGAGCAAUAGGUUUCCAAACCAUUCCACUGCAUUGAAUAUGUCACAACAAAUACACUCAAAUGCAUUACGUGCUUUCACAGUCCUUGACAAGUAUAAACCUUCAACAUUCAAAGCAACAAAUAUUUUACAAUGUAUUUUUUAACUUUGUGUAAAAGCAAUACUGAUACUAUAACAGUGCGACUACACAACCAAGGCCACCUAUACAAAUUUGCGUACAAAUUAGCCAAUCACGAUCGAGUAUUCAAACAAUAGAAUCUGUACAAUUUUGAACAUUGUCCCUUCAAAAGCAUAGGUUUUUCUUUAUACGUGUGUGUGUAUGAUCAGGAGUGAACAUUCCAGAAUUCGCCACCAUCCUACUAUAUUCAGCAUCAAAAACGCGAUUUGUGAAUUUGAUUUCAAAUUCAUUUGGGUGGCUUUGGUUAAUGUAGUCGCACUGUAUAUGGAGGUCUUUAAAUAAUCAAAUGUGUCCAAUUCGUCGUUUCUUGACGGAGCCCAUUGGGAAUACAGAUAUAAUGAAACCUUUCUCCUAGGCCUUACCCAAAAUAACAUGGAUCCUACUUCAGUUUCAGUUUAGUCGAUCAUAUUUAUGUUACUGAAUUAAGCCUUAUUUUUAAACACAGAUGCUAUAACAGAAGUAUUGAUCAUUGAUCAUGAAAAUAUCUUUGUCUAUUAAUACAACUUUCACUCUUUACUAAACAAACUAAUAAUCAUAUAGAUUAAACAUAUGAUAUUAA